UUUGCAGAAGCCAUUCAUGCCAUCUUGGUUUACAGCCAAAGUGUAGAAGAACUUCUGAAACGCAGAAAAGUCUGUCGAGAAGUAAUUUUUAAGUAUUUGGCAGCACAGAGAAUUCCAGUGCCUCCUUCCUCUGAGAAACGUCUACUCAUUGAUCGUGUGAAGCAGUACUGGAGUGGGCAGCUCACACCAGAACCCUCAGAGUCAGAGGAAAGAAAACCAGAUACAAAGAGUUGCGGAGAGGGACAAAAGUCACCAAAAGAUGACGUUCGUGAUCUGGGGGAAGAAUUCUGUCAAUGGUUCUUCGAACUCCUGAAUUCUCAGCAUCCCUUUGGAGUGAAAUCUGAAGAAAUAUGGGGACCACAGCAUUUCUGGGAGAAUGCCAAAAUGAAGUUCUGUUACAACACGUUAGAAAAAAACACGGAAGAAUAUGUUGGUGCAGAAAUGGUGAGCCUUCGUCUGCUCUCCCUGGUGAAAGACGAGUGGCUUCUCUUCAACCCUAAUUUGCAUGGCAAUGGACUGAAGUGUGCUAUGUCCCGGCACGGCUUAGUGCUGGUAGCAGUGGCUGGCACAGUACAUAGAGACAACACUUGUUUGGGCAUCUUUGAACAAAUUUUUGGACUCAUUAGCUGUCCUGUUAGGGAGAAUACCUGGAAAAUAAAAGUUGUGAAUCUUAAAAUAGUUGGACAGAAUGCUCUGCAGCCCGGAAUGCAAACUGAAAAACCCUCCGUAAAAUAUGAAGCAAGCCAACUGCAAGAGUUGUAUGAUGGGAAAGAACUGACUAUGUUUUAA